GAAAUGCGUGCCCUGUGUGUUCUAAGUCUGAUCGCUUGUUUGGGUAUAGCAUUGAUCUCUACAAAGCCUUUAAAUGAAAAUGGCAACCCAAAGGAAUCGAAGUCAAAUAAAACGGAAAUAGAUAAAAUUAUCAAGAACUUGCAGUUACUUGAAAAACUAGCCAACGAAACAUUGUAUUUACCAAAUCCAACUAGUCAGGAUCCAACUGGGGAGGAAGCCAAAGAACCAACUGAAGAUGAUGCAGAAGAUCCAACUGGGGAGGAAACUGAAGAACCAACUGGGGAGGAGGAGAAAGAACCAACUAUUAUAGAAGGAGAAGAUGGAGAGUUCUAUAUUGUAGAGGAAGAAAAAGAAGAUAAUGAUUUUGCAACUCUCGAUAAACCGACUGAAGCUCUACCUGGAAAUUUUCUGAAAUACCCUGCACAAGAACCCGAUUUUAAGCCCUAUCCAAGGUUUGCCAUCCUCAGAAAUAGUUAUGUGCAUCACAUGAACUUAGAUUUUUAGU